GUUCAUCAUGUCGUCCCAUUUGCAGUGGAUGGUCAUCAGGAACUGCUCCAGCUUCCUCAUCAAGAGGAACGGACAGACCUACAGCACUGAGCCCAACAACCUGAAGUCCAGGAACUCUUUCCGCUUCAAUGGUUUGGUGCACAAGAAGACUGUAGGUGUGCAGCCAGCUGCCGAUGGCAAGGGAGUCGUCGUCGUGCUGAAGAAGCGUGCAGGCCAACACAAACCUUCCAGCUCUUACGAGAAGAUAACCAUCAACAAGAACUCUCGUGCCACCCUCAACAGCCUGAGGCACAUCAUCAGCAAGAACAAGUACAGGAAGGACCUGCGCAUGGUGAGCUACAUUUGGGAUUUUUAGAAUGCAAAAUCGUAAUGUAUUACCUCAUUGGUUUGCAUGGGUGUCAUUUUUAUUUGUAGUUUGUAUUUCACAGAUUUUACGAACAUAAUUUGAAUUUAAUUUGUUAACAGGCUGCCCUGCGUCGUGCCAGUGCCAUUCUGAAGAGCCAGAAGCCUGUUGUGGUCAAGAAGAAGCGCGCCAGGGCUGCCAAGACAGCAUAAACUGAUACGCACGAUACAUAAAUAAAAGCUUCUU